CACGUUCAAUUUGGAUCUCGGUUCGUAGGCAAAAGAACAUUUCCAAUUGUGCAAUUGUGUUGAAAUCACUUAAAAUAAAAAUGAAAUUAAUUUUAGUUUGUGUCAUUCUCCCCCUCAUAUUUGUUUCUGCCUACGGUCAGUUUUGUCAACAAAAAAGUUACCAUCUCAUGACAUUGACUCCGACCAAUUGGUUCAAAGCAUUUGCUCAAUGUCGCAGCUUUGAUAUGACUCUAGCUAGUGUUUCAUCCAAGGAAGAAAAUGACCGAAUCGUACAGCUCAUUGAAAGUGAAGGCCACAGUGACAAGCGUUUUUGGACAUCAGGCACAAAACUGGGUAAUGAUGGAGCCUAUUACUGGAUGGGUACCGGCAAAUCAUUAGGAUUUACUAACUGGGCCUCAGGACAACCGGAUAAAUAUGAUUGGGGAACAAAUGAGCCUGAAGCUUGUAUCGAAUUUAUGUCGAAAAAUUGGGACUCCAAAUGGAAUGACGCACGUUGCAGUGCAGAAAACUAUCAUUUUAUUUGUGAAAAAACGCACCUUUCGUAUUUAUCACCAAUACAUUUUAAUAUUGAAACAAAUAUAGACAGUAUGUCAAGGGCAAAUCAAUCAAAAGUAAUACAACGUGAAAAAAGUAAUACAACUUUUUAGUGAAUUGCCCCUUGCAGUAUGUCUUACAAUUGUGUUGAAUAUGUUUUCAUUUCUUGGCAUUAAAAUAAUCACAACAUUGUUCAA